GUGCUCAGUCCUUGCCAAAAAAAAAAAAAAAGCUUAUAAUGUUAUAUUUGAAACUGUAUUUUUUUUCCUGUGUGCUAAAUGCCUGAGGUAAUAUGAGGAUUUUGUACUGAUGGCUUGCUAGCCCUUUUGACUUUUCCAUCCUGAAACUCUGAAUGUGCACUGUUUACUUAAUGACGUGUUUUGCAAAGUGUGCUUUGUGAUUAGAAUACCUGUCUGAAAGUUGAGUGCUGUUAUCUUCAAUCAUUAGGGCAGUGAAUAUCAGAUAUUGCUGCCUUUCUCUCAGUAGUUACAUUCCAGAUUUUUGAAAAAUCCUGGUUGCUUCUUGGUCUUUGUAGACUUAGCCUUCAAACUGAUGAUUAAUUCUUACCAAAGAAAACAGGUAUUUGAAUGAUUUCCAAAGCAUUUAAACAUAUUUUAUUAUGAGGGAGAAAGAAAUGCUUCCAUUCUAAUAUCUUCUGAAGUAAUGAAGUUGCUGUAGCAACCCUGAGCUUAGUUGCAAAUCAAAUCAUGCCUUACCUUGGCUUUUUCUUGCAAUGCUGAGUCAUAGGUUUCAUGGUCCAAGUUUGAGUCUGUAUCCUUCACUUUGUUAUCCUUGUUGUUCUUAAGGGGAGGAAAAAAGAAAAUCCCUUCUCUUUUGAAAAAGCACCUGAGGUUAGGUGGUCAAAUGUUGUAAACAUGAAUCAUUUCAUGGGCUUCAGGAGAUUAAUUGAAAUGUAAUUAGUGAUUUUUGUGUGUGAGUCAGUGUACAUUGUAAGGGAUGUCCUGUUUGUCUGCUCUGUUUUGCAUAGACAUGCCCGUGAAAGCACAUGGCCCCUGCUACCUUGUGUGUUGCCAUUCCUGGUGCUUUUAGAUUUUUUUUUGGUUUUGUUUUUGUUUUUUUGCAAAUAUCAUUGUUCUUUGGAAUUCUGUGCAGUCUGUUCCGUUCUUAACAGUGGGACUGUGGGUCAGAUGUGCAUUGUAUAAUGUCAUGGUUAAGUUUAAUUUCCUCCACUUCAAUAUUGGGUAUAAUGUGGAAAUAAUAAGCAUGUAACAGAUUCUUGUGUAAGGGAUAGAAAGGAUUCUUUAGCAUUUUUUUUUCUGAGAUCAAUGUAGUUUAAUAUAGAAAAAAUGCCAAAAGUAAUUCAAGUUUGUUUACCAACACAGAAUGAAGAGUUUCAGUGGUUCACUGCUUAAAAAUACUUGUAUGAAAUAUUUACGUUUCAGAGAAUAGAUUAAUAAUACUUUAGUUUGUAGUCCUGAUUUGUCAUUUAGUGGCACUUGAAUUGACCUAGAAAAUAAAAAUUUUGCUAUGAAAAUUAAAUUUCUUAAGUGCAAAUACAAGUAUAAUAAAAAGUGCCAUCUGUCUAAUUAAGCAAAUGAAAUAUUUCUUCAGGGAGGCAGGGAAGACAUAAAAUUGAUUAAAACUAUGUAUGCAAUGUUUCUGUCUUUUAACAAAAGAAAACUCACCCUUUUUAGUAAUCCAGAUGUGCCUGUGGGGACGAAUAAAUAAAAUCCCAUAGAUGUAAUCCAAGAAUGGAAGGAUAUGUUGUUUCAUUUUUUUAAAUGCGCAGAUUAUAAUACAUGAAGUUGAGAACUAUAAAAAAAUCUUGACUUGAUUCAAGUAGGGAGUUUUCACAACAAUUCAGUGUAGGUUUAGGAAUGAAAUUGAUAUUUUCCUGAGUGUGAACUUUUAUUUGUUUCAUCCUUAUGACCUUCAACUGAUUUUAAUAUGCUGGUGUUGAUGCUAAAAAUAUUUUAUCAAGAAUAUUUCAGAUUACUUGUAACAGUGGUAAUAACUGAAUGCAAGCCAGCUCUGGUUUAGAAGCCUUAAUUAGGAAAGCUUAUUUGGGAAGUGGUUUCAUUUAUCACCCUGACCUCAGGAGUUUGUACACCCAACAGUUUCUUUUUACUUUUGUUCUUUGGAUUACACAAAAUGCCAAUUUAGAAGUGAGGUGACAGUGCUACACUUGCCCCUACUUGUAACACUUUUCUGUCACCUGAUAGGUGAUUUACACCAUUUGCAAGGCAUUGUGGUUACAGCUUAUUUUCUAUUUUGAAUUUUGAAGGUUAUUAUUACAGAUAAGAAUUUAUCAGGGCUGAUAACCUAAAAUAUAUAUUGAUUAAAAAGCACACUGUGUGGUGUCCCUCUUGUGCAGAAGACUUUGAGUUAUCCUGAGCCUCAGCAAUAGACUCCUGUCUGGGUUUGCAGUCCUACAAGUAGUAUAUUAUUUACUCUGGAGCUUCACCAAGGGCCAGCAAGCUGAGUGCCAUUAAAUAGGCAUCUGUUUAGUUUGUAUUAAUAAACUGUGUCUGUGGAGAGAGAAAUUUGUGUGAGCUACAUUCUGGUAGCUCACACUAGUUAGUAUUUGUGUCAUCAUAGAAAGUAACCUUGCUUUCUAAAUUCAAAGUAAUUUAAAAAAUUGCUUAUAAUAGCAGCGUUCUGACUUGUACAUUUGUUUGAGGUGUCUGUUCCAAUUAAGUCACUUCAGUCCAAUUUACUUGCAUGCAUGCUCAGUAAUUAUGCAAUACUAGAUUUCCUGUUUGUUUUUAGCAAACUUUAGUUCCUUUAAAGUUUACUUGGCUGUCUCAGGGUCUUGGUCUGUGGUAUUUGGGGUUUUUAUUUCCUUCUCUUUUGUUUUUUUUUUUUUUUUUUCCAAAUUCAAUCAUUUUAGUUUUCUGUUCAAUAUUUUCAUGUCACUUGACAGGAAGUAUUUGUCUCCAUCCAGUGUAAUUCAUAUUUAAGUAGGAUAAAGUAGCUUAAUCCCAUUUCUGGCUCUGCAUAUUUUUUUUGUCUAUAUAUAAUAGUGUAAUGUCUACAUGAACGCUAUUUUUCUGGUUUUUAGAAAAGUAAUUUCAGAUUUAAGAAUACGUAAUUAUUUCAUACCGUGAGAGGCUGUAAUUUGAUUCUCCCAUUAUCUUUGAGCUUAAAUGUGUAAUAACUGCCGAUUCUACAGCACACAAGAUUUAUACUCUUGUAUUUACACAUGCAGCGAGCAGAAAAUAGAACUGUCACUCUGAAAUGGCCUCUGUAGAAGGUACAGGCCUUAAAAAACCUUUGCUCUGUAGAGUCCUGUUUUCCUGGAAGAGCAGUUUCCCCCUUGCUGGUAAUGCCUGUGUGGCCAGGUGCUGUUUGCUCUGUUUCCUGGGUAAAGGUCACAGGGCUGAUAAAGAGUGAAUGUGGUGGUUGAGGGUAACAUUUCCUUCUAGUGUUAAAGGUGAAAUCAUCCCCCUUAGUUCACCUAGGUUAGAAUUCAAGGACGUGCAGUGCAGGCUGUUUCACGUGCACAGGUGCAGAAUAACUGAUAUCUGUGUGUCUCCAGUGAUUAGGAGAAUCCUGGAAGUUAGUUUCCAGUUGCAGGUUACUUGAGGCUAAUUGUUUCAGCUGGAAUUGGAGUUGGAGAGGAGGGCAAGGCUCUAAGCAGGGUCCUUCACCCUUCUUGUCUCGGUCAUGGUCAAUGCCUUUAUGUGUGUGUUGUUUCAUGACUUGCAGGAGGUUAAUUUACAGCUCGGGUGUUCUUCCGUGCCCCAGAAGACAUCCUGAUGUUUUACUGCUGACAAGAAUGCUUCUUGUUCCUCCUGCAGAUUGUUACAGGCUGGUUCAGACAGCUGCAGGGCGGAAUGGCCUGGCUGAGAGCACGGCACCUGGUUACACAGCAACCUACUUGUGGUUUUGGGUGUGCAGGCAGGAGGGUUCACUGCUCUAGUUCAACAGGACAGGGUUAUCUCUGCCAGGCAGAGUGCCAGCCGUGCUCAGUUACUCAUGAAUCCAUUGAGAACCUUUGGCCACAAUGAAGAGUUGUUUAGCUUCUGCCUGAACACUUGCUGAACAGUAAAGAAACAUGCACUGGCUAUCUGACAAUCUAGAUCCAGAUUGCAGCGUAUUAAACUCAGUUCUAGUGCAUGGUUUUUACCCAUGUUUGAUGUCACACAGUAUGUGUGAGAGCCAUUGAGAAUUUUGAGGCCGACUGCUGAAACAUCUGGUGGUAAAAGUUACCUAAGCUGUGGAGUAACUGAAGUCAACGAUGAUGGCUGUAUUAAUGUGCAAAGCCUGAAGAAGGGUGCUGUCUCUUGAGCACUCAGAGGAGAGUGAAAGAAAUGGAGCCUUCAGCUGCAUAUAAAUGUGGAGUGCCAACUUGCAGGAAGAGUGAAAAAGGAAAGAGAGAGAGGCGUGUCACAUCUGGCUUGGGCACAAAGGCUGGGAUGGUGUGCUCUGGGUAUUCAUGGCAAUGUGUGAGCAGUGCUUGAACGAUGACUUUUGACUAUUUGAUGUGUUACUGGAAUGUGUCAGGUCAAUGGAGGCGGUGCAGGCUGUCCUGUAACUCCUGGUAGCUUUUGGGUAAUGCUGGUUAGGUGGCCUUGCAAGUCAGGGUGAUAGUGUUGGACUCUGAACAUCUUUACAGCCUUUCUAGUAAAGCAGCCAAGAACAGUUUUACAUUUGGGCUAAAAAUAAAUCUUAUUUAGGUAAGACUUUAAUAAUUCCUUCCCUCUUGUUCCACAUUGGAAAAAUAAAGAGAUGUUAAGAAUACCAUUUCUUAAUCCAAUAAGAAUGUCUGGAAGGACUCAGGUAGCAAGUAGACAUGUAAGUCUAGUAACUCCACCAGGAGUUCUCAGAUAUUUAGAUUAAAUUCCAGACACUUUUUUUCAGAUACAGGAAUUAUUGGUCUGUAUAGCUUCCUCAAAGGAGGCUGUAGCGAGGUGGGGAUUGGUCUCUUCUCCCAGGAAGCCAGUGACAGGACAAGAAGAAAUGGCCCCAAACAGCACUGGAGGAGGUUCAGGUGGGACUUCAGGGAGAGUUUUUUCACUGAAAGGAUUGUCAGGCCUUUAAACGGAGUGCCCCGGGAAGUAGUAGAGUCACUGUCCUUGGGGUGUUUAAGAAACAACUGGACGUGGCACUGAGUGUCGUAGUUCAGUUGACAAGGUGGUGUUUGGUCACAGGUUGGGCUCACUGAUCUUGGAGGCCUCCUCCAACCGUAAUGGUUCUGUGACCUUAGAUAAAGCUUCUGGAUGCAGAAAUGUGUCUGUGCCUAAAAUAUAACCUACUGCUAUGUCUUCCCAUUACUUUUACUUCACUAUUCCUUGAAGGACAAAUCCUUAAUGGAAAUAAAUUCCUUAAAUUUCAGAUACUUUAUACUUCAAGGCUCUUACUAUUUCUACUUUAUGGAGUUCCAUCAGUCUUGUCAGCUUGUGUGAUUGCAGGGAGGAGUGAGUUGGCAUUUUACUUUGCAAAGGAUGUCUUCAUCUUUUCCUUUCCUCACUUCAUUGUGAGGGCAGUGAGACUGGCCCAGGUUGCCCCAAGAAGCUGUGAAUGCCUCAUCCUUCAAAGUGUUCAAGACCAGGCUGGAUGGGGCUGUGGGAAACCUGACCUAGUGGAAGGUGUCCCUGGCCAUGGCAGGAGGUUGAUCAUUAAGUUCCCUUCCAAUCCAAGACAUGUGAAAUCUCCUUUUGGAGGAGUUUUAAAUUUGCAGUUGGGCCCUGUGUUAGCCAGUGAAAGGCUGGGUAGGUCAGAUGAAGAAGUACUGGGGAAAUUAAAAAAAAAAAAAAAGGAAAGAAAAAGAGAUGAACUUUUUCCUUGGUAUCCACAUGUGAGAUUUGAACUCUACUGGUUAUUAACACUUACUAGCAAAAGAAACAAUAUUUAGUGAACCCACUAGUCUGUCUCAGGGAAGAGUAAGAGAGACAUCCAUCGGCUGUGAGGUUAGAUGACUUUCUCACGUUUUAUUUUUCUUCAAAGUACUGAUGUUUUUUAUAAGUCCUCUUUCCUUCCAGCCACCACUUGUGGGUUGUUCAGGUUUUGGGAAUUUUGUUUGUUUGUUUUUCCCUAUAUUUAUAUAGAGUUAGUCUGUAACUCUGGGUGAGCUUUGAAUUUCCAGUUAGAGUGUCCUUCUUCAUUUGCAAAUUUGCCAUUAUUCUUUAGUAUUGUUGAAUACUUCUUUAUUUUUUGUGUUUGUACAGAAAGGAGGGAAAGACUUUCUAUUAUGUCAUCUAAGUACCGCUCAUUAUAUUGACUAUCUUUGCAGUAUUUUUUUUGUGAAUACGGCUAUUUUUCAACUGCAUCUAAUUUUAUUUUAUAUGUCUUGGUUUUGUUCUAAUUCAGUGUCUAAUUUAUUAGACACUAAUACAGCAGGCAGCAAAAAUAUCAGAUAUAGCACUUUAGAUGGGAGUAAAUUACUGAUUUAUGGUAUUGAUGUUACCAUAACUUUCACGUGACACUUCAUUCUGUUUUUAUGAAUACUGAACAUUUUAUGUGAUUGUAUAUCAAAAUGCAUAUAAUUGUCUACAGAAUGCUCUCAGUUCCAGACUUGAUGGAAUUGAUUGUUAGUUAUGAGGUUAGUUUCUAUUUCUUCUUCAGCCUGACUUGGCUUUAAACAAAUUUUCCAUUAGUUUACCAGGGAUGCUACUUGUUUGAAAUAGCUGAAAAUGGUCAGGGAUAUGUUCUUCUCCAGUCUUUCAGCCUGUUCUUGCUUUCUGAACUGCAGUUAGAUCUCAGUUAAGUAUUUCAUACCUGUUCAAGCAGCAGCAUUAAAUGCUCUAACAGGUCACUUCCUUCAGUACUAAGGUCACUGUAAAUUCUGGAGCAAACGGUAUUUCUGUUUCAAAUUUAUUUUCUUGGUUUAAUUUUGUUCCAGCAGAGUAAUAAGUGUUAUGUGGCAUGCUGUGCCAAACAAUACUAAGGUGGUUAUUUUUAAGUGAGCUCGUUGGCUCGGAAACACAGAAGUAAAUUUCCAAAAGAUGUGACUGCAGCUGGAAUGAAACCCACUUGUCUCUUUCAGUGGAGGGGGUGUUUGGCAAGUGAGGUCUGGAUCCCAAAAGUAGUUGUGUUCUGCAAUCCAGCCUGCUUGUGGAACUAGUUAAAAGGGGCACUUGUUAAAUGCUGGGUUUCACCGUGGGGAGGCUUUCCCUUUGGUCCUAACCAGAUUUUCUCUUUCCCUUUUCUCUGUCUUAAGCCACACUUUCCCUUUCUGUUUCCUAAUGGCUGAAGUGGUAUGAUGGCUACCAAUGAAGUGGUUCUGCUUCUGUAAAGAUCAUCCUAAAUACUGUUUUUGUCUGCCUAUUGUCAUCUCACGUAUCCCCAUCUUUAAAUGCUGUGGAAUGCUGUCCACCCAUUUAAGAACUGCACUUUCCACCAUAUUUUAAAAUUUAAAUGGCUUUUAUAUUUAAAUUGAAAUUUCAGAGCAAUAAUGCUUCUGUUGUGUUAGAGCUAGGAGCAGGAGACAAAAAAAAAGCUCUAGUCUGAAUAUUCCCACACAUCUUUUCCCUCAAAUGCUACAGCUGUUUUAUCCCUUCAUAAAUCUUUAAUCAGAGGAUUUCAAUACUUAAUUACAAAAAAAAAAUUAACCUCACAUCAUUCCUUUGCUGUCAGGCAGUAUUUUCCUUAUUAUGUGGAUAAGCUAGGCAUUAAGGGACUAUGUGAUUUUUUUGCAAAAUGUCAUGGCAAGCCACUGGCAACCUCUAAGGCUCCUAAUUUAUAAGCCUGUAAUCUGCUGACUUGACACUAACAUUCUUUUUCAGCUGGUAAAUCCAAUGGAAACAUCCUAAAUCCUGGUUGGGACUGGGGGGAGUUACUCUGAGCUGGGAAUUACUGCAUAAAUGUGCUAAUGCUGCCAUUAUCAGUGUUGAGAAGACACCAAAUAGAAGAUGAGUAAAUACACAGAAUAAAAGUGCAAGCGUUCCAGGGGUGUGCACACCAGGGAACUCUUCAGGGCCAACCCCAGCAGGGCAGAGGAAUCACUGGCACCUCCGUCAGCAGCUGUGGCCAUGGGGAUGGAAGUUCCCAUUAUUUAUCCCAAUGCCCCUGAUUAGGCAAAGGGGACUCAGGUUUAGUAGUUCUCUCUUCCCCUCACAUGCACACAACUUUUUUUGGUGUUCCCCAAGUAGUUUCUGUGGGUUGUGAGUUUUUGGACUGAGUGCUCCGUGCUAAAUGUGAGAGAGAUGAUGCUUUUUCAAGUCUGUUUGUAAAAUUUCAGUGGAUACCACAUUAUUUGUGCUUGAAUUGCCUUUUCAAGCUUGCUGUUUACAGCCAGGAGAGAGAUAAAAAUUUAUGCAAAAUAAUUACCCAGAAGCUUCUAUGUUUUUCCAGACAUACCAGUUGGGCAAAUAAAAAACAAAACAACCCAAAACAUUUUUGGGCAGACUGUGCUCUCUUUGUUUUCCUGGCACUUUUAUAGGAUUUAAGGAAUUGGAGCCUUAUGCAGUGACUUACAUCUUUUAAACCAGACUUUUAAAGGUACCUGGGAUAGUGACAAAGUUUUGUACCAUUUUUCUUACGAUGGAAAUAUCGAUUAUAAACUUGAGAUAAACCAGGUGAAACUGAUUUUUCUUUUUCCAAAACUCAGAUAAAAUAAUAUGAAAGCAAAUAGUGUGUCAUGGUGUAUAGGUAUUAAACCAAACAUUUUAAAAUUUUCCAGGGCAGCUAGCACAGGUAAUGAAAUAAUUAAAAAAUCUUUUAUUUAAAAUUUUGCCUAAAUUAAGGAAAUCCAUGUGUGAGGGCAUUGUACGAUCUCCUUAAGAGUAGUGUAGGUAAAUAAUGAUUUAAGUCUAUUUGACAUUAGUCAUGCCACUGGGCAAUACUGUGACUACUCACAUGUCUUCCUUUUUCCCUCUUGAGGAAGGCAUGCCCAAAUAACUUUAAUGUAACUUACCAUUGUACUGUAUAUCAAAAGAAACGUUGCUUUUGAUAUUUCUUUGAUAUAAGCAGUAGUAAAAUACUGCAGGGAGGCAUGCACAUAAUUUUAUAUCUAUAUUCAGUAGCUUAAAUAACGUGGUUUAAGAUCCCAUCUUCCUGCUUUUCCCAUAGUUGGGGGUGUAGCAUUAGAGGAUCCUUCUUUAGCAGGGGAAGCUCAGUAUGAUUUUUCGUGCAGCCGGGGCCGUGCAGUGCAAUCUGCUCCUGCCUAUAAAACAACAGUGUGCAGUGUCAUGUUUAGAUGAUGCUAUUGUCCCCAAGUCCAAGGUCACGGAUCUCGUGCGUUGGGAAGGAGAUUCUUGCCGGGGGCCGUGAGGAUGUUUCACCUGCAGCGUGGCUCCUCGCUCGCUCGCCCAUCGCGGGGAUUUGCGGCAUUGGCAAUAAGUUGUGCUGGCUGCUGGCUGCCUGCCAGAGCAGGGCUGCUGUUCCAGGCAGCAGGUCCCUGCCUGAAAGGCACCGUGCUCGCAGGAGGAAUGCGGUGCAGGGCUCUCUGCCGAGCCCAAACCCACGGGCUGUCCUUGCCUCGCCGAGACAAUUGCGUGUUUAUGAUUUGGUAGUAUGUGAUGUCAUGAGGGUGUUGGCUUUUAGGAAUUUCACUACUGAGGAAGCAGUUUGAAAUGCAGGCAGAAUCCUCCAGACCUUCGAAUGUGCACUUGGUUUCUUUUUAGUUAGCUCUGAACAGAGGUACAGAUGGAUACGUACGUCCGUGUUUUUGUAGUAAGGAAUUAACAUAUGGAAUAUAGAAGAGAUUUAAGUGGAUACAAUACCUGAAGGCAAUGUCGAGCCAGUCUGGAUUUUCAAACUCUCUUCCUCUACCAGGAUAUCCAUUCUUCCAGGUGUCAUGCAGCCAUAAUCAGCAGACCACGUCAUUUAGACAUCCUGUGACAGGACAGGUUUCUCCAGAAAAUAUUGAAUUUAUUUUGCGAGAAGAACAGAAUUCAUCUAUGUCCAACCAACAAAUUAACCAAAGGCCUUCAAGCAUGGUCAGUGAAACGUCCACAGCAGUAACUACGUCUGCUCUUGAUACAAAACCUGGCUCUAAGGUUGUGAAGACUGGAAACAAAGUUCACAGCUUUGGAAAGAGGGAGCAAGCCAUCAGGAGGAAUCCCAAUGUUCCUGUGAUAGUGAGAGGCUGGCUGCACAAGCAGGAUAGCUCUGGAAUGCGGUUAUGGAAGAGACGGUGGUUUGUGCUUGCUGAUUUUUGUUUGUUUUACUACAAAGACAGCAGAGAAGAGUCUGUUCUGGGGAGCAUCCCAUUGCCUAGUUAUGUCAUAUCUCCAGUUGGACCUGAAGAUCGUAUAAAUCGCAAAUUUUCUUUUAAGGCUGUUCACACAGGUAUGAGGGCAUAUAUUUAUAACAAGAAUUCUGUCAUUGGCUCUCAGGCAGAGCACACAGGGAUGAGGACGUACUACUUCAGUGCUGACACCCAGGAGGAUAUGAAUGCCUGGAUCCGGGCUAUGAACCAGGCUGCUCUCAUGCAGACACGCUCCUCACUGAAGAGGGAAACUGAAAAAGUGGAUCAGCAAGCUGUUCCCCAAGUCAAUCAUGUGGAUGCCUGCAAAGAGUGUGUGAAGGCAGAGAUUACAGACACAAAAGAAAGUUAUCAGAAAUCAGCUGAAAUGCUUGGAUACGAUAAGCGUGAAGAGAUAAGAAGAGAAAAGGAGGAGGAGGAGCGUUACAUCCACAGAAAAGAAACUCUGGAAACCAAAAAGGGAAAGGCUAAGCAUGCAGUGACAGAAGCUGAUUCAUUAUUUCCAGACUUAAGGAAUUCAUCAUGGUCCCAAGUAGCUCAGCCUCAGCCAGCUGAGAAGAAUGGAACCCUUCCUAGUUCAUUGAGUAUGAGUGCUGGCCUAGUGGAGCAGAAUGGUACUGGCUCAUAUAAAAGAGGGUUUGUUCCCAGAACAAAUCCAGAUAAGCAGUUUCAAAGGAAAAGUAACAUGGCUCAAGUGGAGCACUGGGUAAAAGUCCAGAAAGGAGAUACAAAAAGCCUCACUUCUGAUCACACUCUUACACGUCAGGGUCCCAAUCCUCCUUUUCCUGAAAACUAUCACACUUUGCCAAAGAAUACCAGGCAGCCUUCAGGGAGCUCACCACCACCAAACCGCAAUUUGCCGAGUGACUACAAAUAUGCACAAGAUCGUGUCAGCCACUUGAAGAUGUCCCAGGAGGAGAGGAAAGCAAAUAAGGAUGGAACUGUUUGGCAGCUGUAUGAGUGGCAGCAGAGACAGCAGUUCAAACAUGGCAGCCCCACAGCCCCACUUUAUGUAGGUUCUUCAGACUUCAUUGAUCGUGCUAAGUCAAAAAGCUCAUUAGAUGUUCCACGGUCAAUAUCUGUUCCACCCUCUCCAUCUGAUAUUCCUCCACCUGGACCUCCAAAAAACUUUCUGCCACGGAGACCACAUACUCCUGCAGAAAGGCUCACGGUUAAACCAUCUGAUGAGAGACAGACCGUGGAUGUUCCUCUUGCUGGAUCCCCCAGGAAGAUUCGGAAUCGUGCUGUGAAGAGUUCCACCCACCUGGAUCGCCGCUCCAUGCCUGCCAUGGGCUACAUGACACACACGGUGAGCGCGCCCAGCUUGCACGGCAAGUCGGCGGAUGACACUUACAUCCAGUUGAAAAAGGAUCUGGAGUAUUUGGAUCUAAAGGUGACAGGACGUGACACAUUGAAAGAAAGAAGUGCAAAACCUGUCAAGGUUGCAGAAAGCGAUAUUGAUGUGAAACUGAGCGUUUUCUGUGAGCAGGACAGAAUUCUGCAGGACUUGGAGGACAAAAUAAGAGCCCUUAAGGAAAAUAAAGAUCAGCUGGAGUCUGUUCUGGAGGUUUUGCACAGGCAGAUGGAUCAGUACAAAGACCAACCACAACAUGCAGAAAAAAUAUCUUACCAGCAGAGACUUUUGCAAGAGGACCUUAUACAUAUUCGGGCUGAAAUAUCCAAAGUUUCAACGGAAAUGGAAAAUGCCUGGAAUGAGUAUCUGAAAUUAGAGAAGGAUGUGAGCCAACUGAAAAAAGCCUUACAGGAGCAGAUGAGCAGUUCAUUGCUAUCUCAGGAGAAAACACAAAUACAAAAAGACUUGUGGAGAAUUGAAGAUGUUACAGCUGGCUUGAGUGCAAAUAAAGCAAACUACAAAACUAUAGUAGACUCUAUAAAGAAUCCAGAGAGAAAAACAGUGCCUUCAUUUUCUCAGUCUUCAGUGCCUUCCUUACCAGCCUCCCUUGCUACUGUGGAGAGCAAGCUUUCCGUCCCGCAGAGCCCUCCACGCAGCCCGGUGAAAUCCCCUCUGGAGGUCAGGCUGUAUCCACAGCCCUAUUUCCAGACCAGGACACAACACCAAGCACAGCAGCUGAAAAAAAUCGAGCCACCUCUUCAGUCACCAGUCAAGCUCAAGCCAAAGGUUGAAGAUGAAGCACCGCCCAGACCUCCUCUCCCUCAGCUGUACAGCCCUGAGGAUCAGCCACCAGCUGUCCCACCCCUCCCCAGAGAAGCCACUGUCAUCAGACACACCUCGGUGCGGGGCCUGAAGCGUCAGUCAGACGAGAGAAAGAGAGACCGAGAGCUCGGCCAGUAUGUAAAUGGAGAUUACAGGGUGGAGCUGCGUUCAUACAUGAGUGAACCAGAGCUGGCAAUGAUAGGGGGUGACCUCAGCCACCCUUCCAGUGCUUUAAUAAGCCCUGACAGUGGAUACCAGACAUUACCUACCCGUGGUUGGUCUGGAUCAACUUCCAGAUUGCACCAGUCAUCUACCAUUUCAUCGUUUGCAACACUUCGAAGGGAUAGGUCCAAGGAGAGACCAAAGAGUGCCUUGGAACGUUUAUACUCUGGAGACCACCAAAGAGGCAAGAUGAGUGCAGAGGAGCAGCUAGAAAGAAUGAAGAGACAUCAGAAAGCAUUAGUGCGGGAACGCAAGAGAACUCUUAGCCAAGGAGAAAGGCAGCCUGUUUCAUCUCGCUCUUUCAUCAGGCCCGUGUCUGCAGACGUAGGCUCAUGGAAACGAGAGCAAGAAUUUGAUUUGCAGUUACUUGAGAGGGCAAUUCGUGGAGAAGACAAGGAUGAAAAUGAAUGGUUAAAAGUUCAGCCAGUAGCAGUGACAGAGACAGACCUGGAGCCUCAAGACUAUGAUUUAGAUAUCAGCAGAGAGUUGUCAAAACCUGAGAAGGUUGUAAUUCCAGAACGUUAUGUUGAGCUGGAGCCAGAGGAGCCUCUUUCUACAGAAGAACUGGCGGCAAGGCAGCGUAAAGCAGAAAAGAUAAAGAAUAUUCUUACUAAAUCAAGUAUGCACAAUCUGCAGCCUACUGUUGCCCAGGACAAACACAACUCGAUUGAUUUAGAUUCACAGCUGCAGGAGCAGGAGCGCAUCAUUACCAUUUCAUAUGCUCUGGCUUCUGAAGCCUCUCAGAGGAGCAAGGAGGUAGCAGCUCAGCAGUUGACCUAUCCACCCAAAGCACCCUCACCUUCUGUACCACAGCCACCUCACUCCCCCUUAAGCAAUGGAUUUCACUACACAUUUGUUUAAACACCUUCCAACCAAAGCAGUAAGUGAACACUGACGUGAGACUGGAGGCAAAUCCCACUUUGUGACGCCGCGUGGAGGACAGAGGAGAUUCUUUUCCAGGUUUCUGUGGAGAUACUCGUUGGCUGGUGACACCUUCUUCUGGAAAGACAUUCAGAGAAUGAUAGGGGGAUUUUCUAUGAAAAUGAAGAGAACUGCAGAUCAUUUUUUAUUUACUUCAGUUUAGUUCACACUUUUUAUAUGAAUAAACGGCACUUUUAAUAAACUCUGUGAAAUACUGACAAUGUAUUUUUAGAACAAUGUAUUUUAGGGUUUUUUUUAAUCAAGGGCUGAAUUCAUUUUAAAAGACACUACUUGCAUAGAUACUAAAAGAUGCUGGUACUUCCCCCUCAGGCUCAGAUGCACAUCGUAAAGUUUUGUGAGAGAAACCCUGCAAAUUUGAACAAACCUAGAAGCACAUUCGUAGGGUAUGGAUAGAGCUAACAUGGGUGACAGGUUUGGUGAAAGGGUGUUUCAGAUUGAAUAUUUUUGUAGAGUUAAUCACCCACCCUUUUGCCCAUUAAAUAAUCCAUUGCAAGAACUGUUAGCUUGAAUUUCUAAAUAUUAGUAACCACUGUAUAGCUGAAAUGUCCCAAGAAAGCCAUAACAAAAGCCAGUUUUAACUCCCUUUUUUUAUCAUCCCAGAUGAUUAACUUGCUGGUAUCAAUCCAAAAGUUUGUUAGGUUGCCCUUGAAAGUAGUGCUGCCCCCUCUAUAACAAACAGCUAACAAAUUUUUUUUUUUGGAAGUUGAGAUGUGAAAGAAGAUGAUUUUUAAUAAAAAUAUGUGAAGUAAGCAAUAAACAAUUAUAAUGUGUCAUUUGGCUAGUAAAUACCUAUUUUUCUUCUGAUAUUUUUUCAAUAGACGUUACAAUAUGAUGUACUGACUACUAUUUAUCCUAGAAACAGCAAAACUAAUGGAAUGUGGCACCUGCUAAUUUGCUGUGUAUGUUCACCUGGUGCUUAUCUUUGCCAAACUUGAAAUUCUGUGCUGUACUUACACAUAGGGCAAAGGGUGAGCUGCUUAAAAAAAGGAGAAAAUAAGACUAAAUGUAUUGCUGCAACUAUACUUUAAUGAACCCUGUGUAUGCAUCGAAUGCAAGACAUGCAAAAACUUCUCAAUGUUAUGUAAUUAGUAGCUGAGUUCAGCUCUGGAUGAGAAAUAACUGAGAAAUACUUCUGCAGUAUUUUGUGAAACCACUAACUUGUUUAUUCCCUGUAUUCAAGUAGUAGCUAAAAACCCCUUGGAAUUGACCUUUGUGUUUCAGACUGUAAGACAAAUCACAUUAUCUUAACAAUAUACUCAGAAAUAUUCUUAAAAGUAUAUAUUUAGCUAAUGCAAUCUAUUUUACCUCAAUACUGCCAGUAUCAACUUCAAAACCUUUUGCCAAAAUAAUGAUUUAUUUUUGCCUUUAUAAAAAGUUUUGAAAGCAUAAAUGAAUAUUUUGCAAGAAAACAUUAAUUUAAAUAAAAUGUAACCGUUUGGAAAAUGGUAUAUGUACAGAUUAAAAUAUUAACAUAACUGCCUCCUAUUGCCUCUGUCUUGUCU